AUGGACCCCAAACUAGCAAACCAGCAGGCGAGACAAAGAAAAAAGAUAGAAAAGGAUAGGCGAAGAAAGCAGUAUGAUGAUAUCCAGGUCCAGGGAACAAACAAUUCAUCGAUAGUGUCCAAGAGAUCUGUGGAGAUGCUUUACACUUCCAAGUUGGAUCCACAAGCCGGCGAAUGGUUCAAAUUCUUUGUGAAAAAUGCAAAAAGGAGAUCACCGGCUAUUAAUAGAGGGUACUGGAUACGUAUGGAGUCGAUAAAGUCUAUGAUUACGAGAAUCAUCAAAAUGAAUCCUACGAAAGAAAUAUGCAUUGUGAAUCUUGGAUGUGGCUAUGAUCCAUUACCGUUCCAAUUACUCGCCGAAAAGAAACAUAACAACGUCUCGUUUCUUGACUUCGACUAUCCUGAUCUCCUCGAGAGAAAAGUUAGCAUGGUCAAAAAUUCGCCAGAGAUUCUCUCAUUAUUGGGCGAUGAAAUUGAAACCGACAAAUCUCUUGGAGUUCUCUUUUCUAGUGACAAGUACAAGAUAGUUGCCUGUGACUUGAAAGACCAUAAAUUGUAUGCCAAGCAGCUUUCCCUGCUUCUAGACGACAGCAAAGUCGCCAUCUUUGUUGCUGAGGUUUCAUUGGCAUAUAUGAAACCAGAACAUGCCAAUCCUGUAAUAGAGCUUUCGAGCAAAGUACCAAAUUCCCACUUUUUGAUAUUGGAACAGAUCCUUCCCUGUGGUGAAUACCACCUGUUCGCGAAGAAGAUGUUGUAUCAUUUUAGUCAUUUAAGAUCACCAUUACAGUGUGUCCAGACGUACCCUACCAAAGAACAUCAGCUCAGCAGAUUCAAACAGUACUUUCCCUACGCAGAAAUCCAGGAUCUCUUUGAAAAUUGGCUGUAUCUAGUCGACGACGAGAUGAAACGCAAGGUUUCCACCAUUGAACCCUUUGAUGAAUGGGAAGAGUUUAUCGUUUUCUGCCAGCAUUAUGUCGUUGUCCACUCAUCUAAUAUGGACCAAAUGAUAUAUCCACAAAACCCACCACUUCAGACUUUGAAGGAAGACAGUAUCAAGGCAAAAAUGUCUGUUAGAAAAGAUAUUGAACAAAUGCAGCUAAAAUUCUCAGCAUCUUGCAGAUAUGACAAAAACAUUGUGGUAUUUGGUGGUUCAGAACAGACCAGAACCAACAGAUUUUUGGCCGUUUCCGAAACCGGAAUUGACGAACUUGAUGUCAAAGGAAAUAUUCCAGAGGCAAGAAUGUGCCAUACACUCACGCAAGUGAAGGACAUGGCCAUUUUGAUAGGUGGAAGAGGACGGCCUGGAGACUUAUACUCGGACUGCUAUGCUUUCUCAAAUGAUGAAUGGAGAAAAUUAGACAACUUGCAGAGUCCCAGAGCACGACAUUCUUCCGUCAGAAUAAACCUGACACAAGUUCUUGUUUUUGGUGGAGCAGAUAAGAUUGAAAAUGCAUUUGAGAUUCUUGACACUUGUACUGGAAAGGUGCAAAAGUUAAGUAUCGUUGGAGAGCAUAUUAAUUUUUCGAGCAGUGGAAUUGCUUACGAUGAAUCAGAAAAUGUUGGAUAUAUUGUUGGCGGAGUUUCUGAUCAUGAUAUUCCAAACGUGAGGGAUUUCAUCUACCAAUUUGAGCUUGAGAACGAUACAGUCCGUAUCAAGAAAGUUACCCAUAAUGAUGCCUUUAAAAGAAUAGGAUGCCAGCUCCACCUCACACUGAAAACACUAUACAUUAUCGGCGGUGCCAGUACUGUCAAGUGUCUUGGCGAAAAAGACAGUAUCAUCAAGGUAGACCUCACUUCCAAGGAAAUUUAUGAAGUGCCUAUAGAAGAGCAAUUUUGGAAAGAUUACGCUCCAAUGCUUAUAGGAUUCAGUUUGGUGCCCAGCAAGGACAAGCUCACCAUAGUUGGAGGGGGAGCUGUUUGUUAUUCAUUUGGAAGUUGUUACAACCUUAUUACGGAUAUAACGUUUUAG